AACUCUUGCAAAAUAGAUGAGAUGGGAGGAAAUGCGAUAGAUACCUAUGAUAGCUAUGGAUACAAUAUACAUAUUUCACCUACUGCGUCCCCCGUGCCCUAUAUCAUCCCGCGUUGCUUCUCUAAAACCCUAGAGACCCUGCGUUCUUGAUUCUAUGAUUUUCAAUGGCUGAUCGACCUGGAUCUGAAAAUGCAUUUUCUUCUUCGCAAGAAUUCAAUUUGCACCUCAGUAACGAGUCAAAAUCACCAUUAAAUCGUAGCAAAAGAAGUCUAGAAUUUUCUUCGAUGGAAGGUUCUGGACGGGAAUCUUGCAAUGCGUUUUCAAGCCUGCAGGGUUUAGAUCCACAACGCAGAGAGUUGUUAGAAGCGAGGUUUUUUGACAACAGAGUGGAUAAUAGGGAUUCAAAUUUAAGCAAUGCUUCAUCUGGAAUCUCUGAUACAUCAAGAGAUUUUGAGAUUGGUACAGAAGUAAAAUCCGAGAAAUAUGUUAAACGUAAAAGAAAAGCUCAUGAUGGCGACCAUCCAGGUCAACCCAAGAUGGGAAAAGCUGAAUCCGGUUCCAAAAAAAUCACAGGGUAUUUUUCAAGGACAAAUGGAGUGACAACACCACCAAACAAAGUUCUUUCCACACCAAGCCCAAAGCACACACCAACAGUUGAGGAAGAAGUCUUUACCCCAUUGGAAAGCAGCUCAACCCUUCCUUAUCUUUUGGGUCAACCUCAGAGUAUGGUGCGUAGAUCAAGUGAAUCUUGCUUGUCACCGCCACAGAUUAUUGACAAUGGUAAAGAAACAAUAUGUGUUCAUGAAUCAACUCAGAGUGAUUUGACCAUGGAGAAACUGAUGGAAUAUGAAACAUUGGCAUCUGCGUCGUCCCAGGAAAAAGAUAACAGAAUUAAAGAGCUAGACACCAUGAAUAGUAAUUUGGUACGCCAAAUUACAGAACUGAAGAAAAUGGAAGAUAAAUUAAAGAAAACUAAUGACAAGUGUACCGAAUUUAUAAAAGACCUCUUAAUAGAACAGUCAAGACAAUACAAGCUGAAAGCGAAACGCGACAGUAUGAAUAAUCGUCUUAGAUUGGGUCAAUAUCUUCCUACCAGGCAAGGUGCUCAUUUUGUGGAAACGUGGGAAGAUGGAUUUGCUUUCAAAGAAAUUCACAAACAACAAGACGGCAUCAACCAGCAAAAGGAAGAAAUUGAAAAAAAGAAGAAAUUAUUAUCGAAACGAAAACCGCCAGCGACAGGAAAAGAAAAGAAGAAUUCCAAAGUUGGAACCGACUCGGAAUUUGCCAAACCACCGAUACCAGCAAGUUUGACGCCUUUAGAAUACUAUGAACAAGAUGAAAUAUUAAAGUUACGAGCAGCGUACUCAAAGAAGGAAGAAAGUGACCUUGCGAUAGAACUUGAAAAAUUAGAGAGAGAAAGAAACCUUCAUAUUCGAGAGAUGAAGCGACUUCAAAGUGAAGAUAAGUCCAGGUUCAAAGACAAUCCAACCUUGUCAGAAAGAUAUCUUCUUUUGCAUCUUCUGGGAAAGGGAGGGUUCAGCGAAGUUCAUAAGGGAUUUGAUCUGAAAGAGCAACGCUAUGUUGCGUGUAAAAUUCAUCAGUUGAACAACGACUGGAAGGAAGACAAGAAAACGAAUUAUAUCAGACAUGCCAUUCGAGAGUAUAACAUUCAAAAGACAUUGAACCAUCAUAGGAUUGUUCGCUUGUACGACGUAUUUGAGAUAGACUCAAACUCGUUUUGUACAGUAUUGGAAUAUUGUGAUGGAAACGAUCUUGAUUUUCUACUGAAACAGCAUAAAACAAUAUCCGAGAAAGAGGCGAGAUCAAUUAUAAUGCAGGUUGUCAGUGCGCUCAAGUAUUUGAAUAACAGAGAACAUCCUAUAAUCCAUUAUGAUUUGAAACCAGGAAAUAUACUUCUUGUUGGAAAUGGAUCCCUUUGUGGUGAAGUAAAAAUAACUGAUUUUGGUUUGAGCAAAAUCAUUGACACAGAUGACGAUAGUAUGGAGUUGACGUCACAGGGGGCUGGGACUUACUGGUAUCUUCCACCAGAAUGUUUUGUAGUGAGUAAAGAACCACCAAAGAUUUCCUCCAAGGUCGAUGUUUGGUCAGUUGGGGUGAUUUUUUAUCAAAUGUUAUACGGUAAAAAGCCCUUUGGUCACAAUAUGUCACAGACAGCCAUUCUUGAGAAUCACACAAUUCUAAACGCAACAGAAGUCGAGUUUCCAUCCAAACCAAGCGCUAGCAACGAGGCAAAGAAUUUCGUUCGUCGAUGUUUGGAGUAUAACAAAACACUUCGAAGUGACGUUUUUGCUAUAGCUGAUGAUCCCUAUCUAAAACCUGGAGGGGGGAAGAAAUCCUCAGCGUCCACGUGACAGAGGACGUGACAGAGGUCGGCUAUGGUGUGUAUGGCUGAUGAUAGGCUUUGGUUAUCUUAUAUGUUUAUAUUGAGUAAGACAACAUUGUCCUGUAUUUUUCAUAAAACACAUUGAUUGGAACAAUACAGCUUGCUGUAGUUUGUGGUGAUAUCCACCAUGACCAAUUGUAAAAUUGUACAGAAAUUAUGUUAGGUUAUUGGUGCGACUUGGCAUGACUGCGUGUGUUGUAUGCCCGGUUGGAAAAUAUGCCUUUUAAUAAAUAUUUCCCAUAACACAGGAAUAUAGUCUGAGCCAUCAUAGCUGAGCGAUGCCACUGUCAAAUAUGAGAAAGUGCACGAAAUGACAUCAUAUCCCUCCGUUAGCAUUUGGAAUACUGCAUGUGCAGUGUGUUGCUUACUUGCUAGAUGCUCUAGAAAUUUCUGUAAAUGGAAAUUGCAAAGGCAUAUAGAGUAUAUAAAAAACGAUGCUGUAAAUGUUAUAUUGCAUGUUCUUUCAGAAUAGAUAUUUAAUUUGUA